AUAUUAAAUAAGUUAAAGAACAAGGUACCGUGAAAAUCAGAGAAACUCGUCAACACCUGUCUGAGGAGAGAAAUCGGAGAUGUCAUCGUCGCACACCAACGAUCCCCGUCAGCCUUCGGCGGCGAGACCCUACGUGGCGCCGCAGGUGGCGCCGCAGGAUCUUCCGGUCGGUUACGCCGGUUUCAUCGCCGUCAUAUUUGGCGUCGCCGGCGUCAUGUUCAGGUACAAAUUGAGCUCUUGGCUGGCUCUCAUAUUCUGCGCGCAAUCCGUCGCCAACAUGCGGAAUAUCGAGAAUGAUCUCAAACAAGUUAUGAUGGCUAUGAUGUUUUCUUUAAUGGGAUUGAUAACAAACUACUUUGGACCUCCUAGACCAGGCAAACAAAGUUGAGAUCUCAAGAUUUUGAGGUAGAAAUGAACUUUAUGUGGGACUUUUCGAGAAUCAACAACGAACGUGAAAGGAAGUUUAGAGUCAUUGAAUGUUUCUAUUUUCUUUAGUUGGCUGUAUUGAAGAUGCUUGCGAAGACUUUGGAUUAUUUGAUGUUUUAAUGAUUAUAUAUUGAAGUAGGUUAUUAGUCUGAAAUUUGAGGAGAGCUAUUCAAUUAAAUAGCAUGUUUGGGCAAGCAGUUGCAAAUUUGGUUUUGUAUAAUUGGUUUUAGUAAAAAAAGAAAAGUUUAAAUGAA